AUGACUGACCUAUUAUUCGACGAGGAUGACGGUGACUUUGACGAUUUGUACAGUAGUUCUCGUCCCGCAGUCCCCGCUGUGAAACAAAAUUCCCGCAUAAACACGACUUCGUCAGCUCUUCCAAGGACGCCAAAAAAUUAUUCGUAUGCUCGCAGCCCUGGAUCUUCUAGCAGCGUCAUAUCUCGAUCUGGUGCGAGAGACAGAACCAGUUCUUGGGCUAGCUCUGCAACCGAGGUUGCAUCCACAGGACCGCAUGACAGGCGUCGUAGAAGGCACGGAAAGCCGCGUCGAAGAGGCAGCCAGGAACUCUUUGAUGUGCAAUGGCAGUCGAAUGAUCAUGUGUUUAGAUGCGGUUUGUGUGGAACAGAUUUCUCGCUUAUAAAACGCAGGCAUCAUUGUCGUCCUUGCGGUCGCGUCAUGUGCUCAGAGUGCUCGUCAUUUCUAUACUUUGAGCUCUCACACCGCAAGCAUAGAGUUUGUGUACCGUGUAACAAGAAACUGUUGGCUGAACAAGCUGUCUAUGAUCGAAAUACGCUCGUCGAUCCGCAAGAUCUACAUCUUUUCGAGGCAUCUGGUUUAGACGGACAAUCGUCAGUUGUCGCCUUGACGCCUGUAUCGAUGCCCAGGAAAGCUGAAAAUAAUGGACGUUUGACGGUGAUGCAUGGAAAUGAUAAGGAGAAGAAUCAACCUGAGAAACAGAAAGGAAAGAAAUCCGAAAAGAUGAUGGAAACAGCACAAGUUGCUACGACGAUGACGGAUGAUGAUUGGUUUUCUGAUGUCUCAAAGCCGCAUGUGCGUGUUGGUGGUGACGAAGGUAGCGAUACAAGAAGAUCUAGUGGAGAGAAGCAGACGUAUACUGUCACAAACGUAAGCGAGCAGACACCAGUGCCUGCGCGAAUGACUGGGAGUACUUUGACGGCCAAAAUUACAGGAAAGGGCGAUAUAUCAGAGCAAUUUCGGUACGAUGAGAUUGGUGGACCUGGUUUUGAACACGAUCUUGAGUCCUUGAUUGAUAUGCCGAGACCUAAGCAAGUAUUCGCGAUGACAACUGGGGUUGACCACAGUAAGAAGCUUAGUAAGAUUUCUGUGAAUGACAAUACGUCAGAACACUUUCAUUAUACUAUGGACGGCCCCGGACUCGGCCAUGACGAUGAUCGUAUACUUGCGAUGCCUCGACCCAUGCAGCUGGUUACAAAUUCUGACUUUAGUUACGAUGAGUUACAGCUCCGUCGAAGACAGGCAGCGGCUGAUGAUGGAAUCUCCAAAGAGCUAUACUCUUACUCACAAUUAACCACGCAAGUCAACCAAAGAGACAAAUUUGAUGAAAUGAAGUCGAGAAUGAGGAAUACCAUGACACUCGAUGAAUUGAAUAUGUCGUCCUUGUCAGAACAUUUUGGCGCACGCAAGUCUGCGAUGCCGCGUCCCCACCCGGUACCUGCGCAGUUUGCAAUUUAUGGCAAUGACGCUGACAAACCUGUAAUUGAUGACUCGCCAAUUUUUGAAUCCACCACGGCAAAGCAAGUGGCCCGCAAGGAGGAUGAACAACAGCGACAGCUUGUAAGUGAUAUAAAUUGGGUCAGUAGUUCUGCAUUACCGUCGAAUGUUCCAGCUCGCCGCUUUUCAAGUCGCCAAGAAUCGUAUAGUAUGGUGGAGAAUUCGUGGCAUAGUCCAAAUUCUUCCGUGACAAGUCGUCAAAACAAGCCAAAGGCAACUGCUAAUGGAAAGAGCGGAUUUACAAGUGCUUUGAAGCGUUUUUUUGGCAUGAAGUCGAAAUCGAAGCCUGCAAGGAAAAGAGCGAGUACAUUACCAAAAUCUGUCAAAGCUCCGAGUGCUGCAAGCGCAUCAAACGAAGAUGGCGCCGAAGCGCCUGUACCAAAUUCUCAGAUCGCUGAGCAUACAUCAGCUAAAUCUGAUAGUAACGAACUUAUUUCGGAGCAACCACCUCUUAAUGGCCUAGAACGACAUACAAUAGACGAUCCCGGAGCCACUCGGAGUAUAUUUUCUACAGUUGAAGAAUUCAGACAUACGUUGACAAGAAGUGUUGAAUCAAGAGACGCUAGUUUGCACUCUGAAGCUAAAACUCGAGGGUAUCAGCAUGAGGACAAGAAUAUCGAGCGUUCACGUCGGGAUACCUUUGAUGCUUUAUUUGAGUCUCCUAAAAAAAAUAUGGCUUUCAGCAAUAACCAUCCUCGUAGUGCAGACGUCACAGGUGAGUGGGCAGCGUCUCGCAGUAAGAAGGAAAGCGUUCCAACACUUGCAGUCGGAGUAUCUGGCUUUGACCAGCAGCGACCUAGGGAAGAAUCUGACGCGAUUUUUGUUGGAGAUGAGUUGAUACCACUUCAAACAUCUAACCAAGCUGUAAGAAAUCAGACUGAGGCAUGGAGACACUCAGCAGCUAUGUCACUUCUAGAUGAUCGAAAGAUUCAGACUGAAUCGAAACAGCCUACUUACACAUGGAGUAAUGUCCAGUCGGAUCCGACAUUUGGUUCAGCUACGUAUGCUGUUCCGACUAGUCUUCAUACUCGCUUGACUAACGAAGACAAUCGCGGCUCAACCUUGCGCCACAAUACAAUUGUUGACAAUACUCCGCUCGUAACAAUCAUGGACGAUUUAAACCGCAAGCCUCUUGAAAAAAGUAUAUCCAAAAACAAUUCGGUCGACGAUUUCUUUGCCGAAUUCGAAGAACCGAAUGAGUAUUUGUUCGACUCGACAACGGGCAAAUAUGUGGCAACUCAAGCUCCACUGCGUUCAGUAAUAACUCAACGUCCGAAUCAGUCAGAGUCACCUGAGUCGCAGCCUCCCUCAGUUCUACGUUAUAAAAAUGUUAGCAUUAAUGUUGAACGCUACGAUGACACCCCCGUACUAGGCUUAGGAUCAGGAGUACCCCCAAUUGUAUCCAUUGACGAAAAGGUGGCAAACGAAGUCGCUGAAGUUAUUGCUGACAAAAUCAGUGUUCUUGAAGACGAGCUAGCAGCGCUGAAACAGCUGAUUCGCAAUCAAAAAGGAAGCGGAAGAAGCGAAAAGCCACGAGUCAGCCGUAACAUGGUAAGUCCAGUCGCUCGCAAAGAAAACAUUUUUGAUGAUAAUGGCAGCAACGCUGAUAAUUACAAACUUAAUAACGCACAUGAUUUCUCGAAGCGGUCGAAGUCGAGAAAAAAAACUAUGAAAAAGCGCAAAGAUUCGUUUGCGGAUCUGUUUGAGGACAGUCCAAAUGACAACGGGGCUAUGAGUUACGAAGCGCUCUUUCAAACUGAAAUUCAGAUUGAUGAACCAGACAAAGAAGUACACAGCGAUGAAGACACGAAUGAUAUGGCAAAUCUGAGAAAAAAAAGGUCGAAGUCGAGACGACAUUAUAGUCGCGAGAUUAAAGCUUCCGUGUCAGCCCAAGAUGACACUGAAGACUUGACGUCACGAAGUGGGAAGCAAUCAUCUCAGCUGAAUACAGGCGAUGAUGCAUCUUUUGCCAAGUUGACGCAUUACAAUCAAGGUGAAAGCCGUGAUGUUAUGCCGGUCUGGGAGUCUGGAAUCAAGCAAUUUAGAGAGGACGAUCCGAUUGAUGCUUUAUUUGAUAUUUCCAAUGAUCGUGAUGUUCCUAAGCUUUAUGAAGAUAGUGAUCAUCUGAUAGAACAGGCCAAUACAUUUACGACAAAAGUAACUUCUGCCCCGAUUACGAAUGGUACAAGCAACUUGUCUAGCCAGCUAACGUUAGUAUCUCCUACAGACGACAAAGUAAGUCAUAUGUCGUCCACUACUGCCGCAUCCGUGGACGCUGCAGCACCUGUACGCAGACAAGAUGAUGCUCUUUCUUACUCUAUCGACACAAUUAAUUAUAAUGAAGCUGAUGACGACGAAAAUUUUGCAAUCAAUUGGGCAAAGAUACGAAAGAUCAAGUCCAGGAGACAUAAAUCUGGCAUGAAUAAAUCUGAUUCAUCAAUACCUAUUGAAGAAAGCGAUACUUUUGAGGUGGCGAUGCAAAACGUCUCCAAAGAGAAUCUUAGCUCGGACCUUCCGAAAAUUGGUACUACAAUCAAGAGUGAAAGCAACAAAUUGUUUUCACCAGUCGCUGUUGCUGCGGAUGCAGCUUCAGUCUGGAUGCCGGUCACCCAAGAGAAUACCGCAGCUAAUUUGAUUCAUAACGCUGAAGUAGAUACAAAGUCAUCCUUACAGCCUUUGAACGACUCUCAACAAUUGGAGUCGAGCGCUUCACCUACAGUUGAGAACGGCAGGCAGGAUGCAAUUUCUGUUUUCACUCCUGUUAAGAUGGAGGCCGCACUUUUUUCUGCUAUGGAUGAGGUGGUUUUAAUUGAGAAAAGCAAUGAUUUUAUCAAAAAUACCAGUGCUGAGGCAAGCUCACCGGACUGGCCUGAAAAAUUAAUCGCCAAGGACACCACGGACUUUGGCAUUUUUAAAAAAAACUACGACUUUGGAUUUGUGGCAGCUGGCUCCCUUUUGGACGAUGAAACUCCUGCGGAUGAGCGCGAGUGUGAUGAUGAGGAUAGCGGAUCGGUCAUUCACGAAACGGAGUCUUUCAAUUUUGAGAUCAAAUCCCCACAUAAGCUAAGGCGACCUUCUGCAUCUAAAACGAGUAGUAAGCUUACUGACGUAUCUCGUACACCCUUCCUACCACUACCAAACGAAUCGUCUCCUUCAUCACCAGCGACAUCAGUAGAUGAGAACGUGGAGCUCGAAAAAUAUUUAACAUCUUCUGAACCAUCAAUCGAUAAUAGUCCUGAUGACUCAGAAGGUGUGUCUGAAGAUGAAGCUGUUAUAGGAGAUGUUGCGUUGCAAGCUUUUCACACAGACUGGCAGCAAAUGCAGGUUAAAGAGAAGGAGCGCAAGAAACGGCUACGAAUCAAGCAGCGACAAGCCCAACGAGACAAGGCCCUUCGCAAGCAAGGUGUGUCGUCCAAGCCACUCUCUAGCAGUGCUGCUGCUAACGGCGCGACGAAAAGUAAAGAUAAAAAGAAGAAAAAGGACAAGGACGAUGCAACCUCAUCGGGCAUGCAGCACAAGAAGAGUGGACUGUCAAGACGACACCGGCAGCGAGAUAAAGACAUAGCAGAACUGCCGCGAUCUCUUACAGAGCUGUGA